AGCCAAAUCAAUAACAGCAUAAUAACUGCCGGUCCUGCAAGAGAGUUCCUCCCUCAGGGUUACAAGGUCCGCGGAGGGGCAAACCGAUUUAACUGGCCACGAAGGACAAGUAAUGCAGCAACAUGGGACGUGGCAACGGGGCCAGAUCCAUGCCUUGCCGAUACAAUCGCAACAUUUAAAAGCCAUUUGCACAGAAACCACCGAGUCGGAGGAUGCCAACCACGCACAAAUACCGGAUAUGACGCCACAACCCGCAGAGGAGCUUCUGGAGGCAAAUGGCGGAUCGCGGGCCUGGUUACGAGUGUAAUGAACCCCAAAUACCGGGACUGAGGAACAGCCCUCGACUCCGGGAGACUCGGAUAUCCAAGGUGCAAGGUUUGCAAAUGGGAAUCGCGGACGUGGUAACAGGACGGGUCUGAAGCCUCGCACGGUUCACCAGCACCCAAAUCGCGGUCGUCCUGUGAGUGUGGCAGGAGAGACGUUUUUGGGCUUUCAGACUUCAAAUCUCAGGCACUGAGAUGCCCCCGAAGGGCACUGAGCGUGUCUCAGCCAGAGAGACGCGACACCGACCAACCUGGGAAGGGAGAAAAUGAGGGAGUGCGAGGAUUAUCUUGAACCGGUUUGCGGAGAAACUCUGUAAACUUCCUUCGACGUCUGGAAGGAUUGGAAAGAACCACCCGUUGGAAAUGGAGUGCAAGAUGUCCUCACCCGAUCCGUGGCUGAGUGUGUUCAUCUCAUCGGACUCUUUGCACCGGUGAAGGUAUCUCUUCGGGGAAUAUUUUCAUGGGAUCCACUGUCCCGACCAUAUUCUAACACUUACCUAUUUGAGCAAAGUAAUUCAUUGUUUACCGCUGACAGAACAUCCCUGCCUCAGCACUCAGAGGAUGGAGGGCUCCGGAGAGAGAUCGUUCUCUUGCUCAGAGUGUGGGAAAGGAUUCACUCGGUCCUCCCACUUACAGCUGCACCAGGUGGCUCACACUGGGGAGAGGCAGUUCACCUGCUCGGUCUGCGGCCGGGUGUUCACAAACUCCUUCAACCUGCAGAGGCACCAGCAGGUCCACACCGGGGAGAGGCCGUUCGUCUGCACCGAGUGCGGGAAGGGCUUCACUCGCUCCACUCACCUGCUGAGACACCAGCAGGUCCACACCGGGGAGAAGAUGUUCACCUGCUCUGAGUGCGGGAAGGGGUUCAUCCGGUCUUCCAGCCUGCUGAUACACCAGAGAAGCCACACGGAGGAGAGACCGUACACCUGCUCCGAGUGCGGGAGGGGAUUCACUCAGUCCUUUACCCUCCUGAGGCACCAGCGGGUCCACACCGGGGAGAAACUGUUCAGCUGCCCCGAGUGUGGGAAGGGAUUCACUCGGUCAGCCUACUUGGCGAUUCACAAGCGUAUUCACACGGGAGAGAAACCGUUCCUGUGCCUCGAAUGCGGGAAGGGGUUCACCCAGUCGUCCCACCUGGUGACGCACCAGCGUAUUCACACCAGGGACGGGCUGUUCACCUGCUCCGUGUGCGGGAAGGGAUUCAUUCAGUCGUCCAACCUGCUGAGGCACCAGCGGGUCCACAACGAGGAGAGGCCGUUCAUCUGCUCCGAGUGUGGGAAGGGAUUCACUCAGUUGUCUGGACUUCAGAGACACCAACAGAUUCACUCUGGGGAGAGAUUGUUCAACUGCUCUGAGUGUGGGAAGAGCUUCUGUCGAUCAUCUGACCUGCUGAUGCAUCAGGGGAUUCACACUGGGGAGAGACCGUAUGUCUGUACCCUGUGUGGGAAGGGAUUCGCUUGGUCUUCCCACCUCUUGAGACACCAACGAUCUCACACUGAAGAGAAGGUUUAAAUGUGCGGUAAGUAUGUGGGACAUUUAAACACAGCAGCUGCUGAGCCAGCGGUGAGUUCACAAGUGACUGCAGGAACUGAUUCUGCGGUUAUUGCUGCUGUGAUCACAUCCAGGUUUGGACCCUGGUCACUGGACACAUUUGGGUUGUUUCCCCUGGGACUGCAGGUACCAACACAGACAAAAUGCUGGAGGAAUUCAGCUUCGACCUGACCGAUUCCUCUCCAACACCCUCCUGCAUCUGGCAGAACUGGUCCUCGCCUCCAACAACUUUUCCUUCAACUCCUCCCACUUUCUCCAGACCCAAGGGGUAGCCGCGGGUACUCACAUGGGCCCCAGCUUUGCCUGCCUCGUCAUUGGCUACGGAGAGCAGUCCAUGUUGCCGGUAAUGUUCCCCAGCCCUCCCUCUGCUACACUGAUGGCUGCUUUGGACAUGCUUCAUGCACCCGUCUGAGCACAUCAGUUUCCUCAACUUUGCCUCUAACUUCCACCCUGCCCUUAAAAUCACUUGGUCCACUUCUGACACCACCAUCCCAGCAUCUUUUAUAAACCUACUGAUUCCCACAUUCAUCUUGACCAACCUCUUCCCACCCUAUGUCCUGUAAAAACGCUAUUCCCUUUUCCCAGUUUCUUCACCUCAGCCGCGUCUGUUCCCAGGCCACGGUUCUGUCCCAGGAUAUCGGAGAUGUAGUUCCUUAAAGAGUGAGGUUUCCCUUCCUCCACCAUUGAUGCUACCCUCACCCGCAUCUCCUCUAUUUCCCGAACAUCGACGCUCACCCCAUCUUCACGCUGCUUUGAUAGGGAUAGGGUUCCUCGUCCUUACCUGCCACCGCACCCAACAUGUUAUCCUCCGCAACUUCCACCAACUCCAAAGGGAUCCUACCACUCAUCCCCUCUCCACUUUCUGCAGUGAUUGCUGCCUCUGCGAUUCCAUAAGACGAAAAGAUAUAGGAGCAGAAUUAGGCCGUUUGGCCCAUUCAGUCUCCUCCAGCCUUGCCCAGUCGCCCUUCCCCACUAAUCUCCCUCCCUCCUGGCACUUGCGUCUCUAAGUGGCCAAAGUGCCACACCUGCCCACUCACCCCCUCCCUCACCUCCAUUCAGGGCCCGAACACCUCCUGGGUGAGGCAACAGUUCAGCUGUGACUCUCCUGGGGUUGUCUCCUGUAUCCGGUGCUCCCGACGUGGCCUCCUCUACGUUGGUGAGACCCAGUGUAAAUCGUCGAGCCCCUCUGCUCCAUCCGCACAGGUUGGCCAAACAUUUUAAUUCUGAUUUCCAUUUGUGUUCCAACACGUCGGUCCAUGACUCCCUUGUGUGCCGAGAUAAUGCCACCCUUCGGGUAGAGGGGCAACACCUUGUACUCCAUCUGGGUGUAAACUUAAACUUGCCGGACCAAAUAACCACAUCACAACCAGUUCUUUACUUUAUCCCUUCACCAGUUUACUUGUUCGAACUCAGCCAGCGAGAAGCUCGGAGCCAGGUAUCAGGGAGACAGAAUCCCGCUCUCUCUGGCGGCUCAUGACGAGCUGACUAACAUGCAGAAACGUUACAAUUUAUAGAACUAGGAAACAAAGAGCACUUCAGCAAAACUGGUAUUCUUCACCAGGCCUGUUGGAGCAAAACUUAAUUACUCAGAUAAGAGAGUCCACUAAAUCAAAGUUUUAAUUACAAAUGAAUGUUCUGUUCAAUCCUUAUCAGUUAUUCCCUUUGCUGGGUCCUGACUUAAUUACAGACAGAUGUUCAUUCCUGUCUUUAUCAGUGAGUCCUCCCUUUCCCUGAAUAAAGAGGGAACUUAGCUGAAUUAGUGCAGAACCGUAAGUCAGGAUGUGGGCAACCCGUGAGGACCCAAUGCCCAUAUCAGUAUCGUGAGACAGCUGUGAGUUGUUAAUCUAAAGAAGCUACAGGCAGAUUCCUUGGUGAAGGACAAGAAGAAAUUGUACAGUAUCCAGACAGAGCACACAUAAGUUUGCACUUAAUUUUAACCCGUUAUUUACAAGGGUCCAAGAAUCAUUUCUUACCUCCCCCAAUUCCCUUAAAACUUCAUCAUGGGUACCCUGCAACCUGAUGGCAUGAAUAUUGAUUUCACUUUCUGGUAAACAAAUUCCCUUUCUCCCCCCAACCAUCUUCCUCUAUUCCCCACUGACCUUUUACCUCUUCUCUCUUGCCUAUCACCUCCCUGUGGUUCCCCUCCUUCAAUGGUCCAGACUCCUGUCCUAUCAGGUUCUUCCUCCAGCCCUUAACCUUUACCACCUACUUGGCUUCACUUCUCACCUUCCAGCCAGCGUAGUUCCUCCCCACCCCCCGCCCUUGCAGUCUGGAUGUGAAAUGUUGACUAUCCAUUUAUCUGUCUUCUGCAUCAAUUGUAAAUAGCUCUGUGUGAAUGAACUGGGCUUGAGGAUGUGGAGAAACUUUGAGGGAAUGCAGACAAGCUGAAGGGACGGGCAAGAACAUGGCAGAUGGAGUCAAAUGUGGGGAAAUAGGAGAUCAUCAACUUUGGUUCCUGGCCUGUUUAUAUAUCUGUGCAAAAACCUUUAACACAAUGCUAUUACCUCUUGUUUCCGUACCUGCCCUGGGAGUGCAAUCCAGACACACACCACACUCUGUGUGUAAAUUAAAUCUUGCUGUAUAAUUCUCUUUUAAUCAUUCUCCCUCUCACCUUAAAUCUAUGGCUUCUACUGUUGGACAUUUUCAAUCUGGGAGAAACACUCACUCUAUGCCCCUCAUAAUUUUAGAUACUUUCUAAAGUUAUGAGGCAUAAUUUUUACCAGGUAUUUAAAGAUAAUUCCAUUCAAAUCCCCUUUAGAACUCCCUUUCACAUUAAGCCUAACCCCUCUUACUUUUGAUACCCCUACCAAGGGUAAAAGUUUCUUUCUUUUUAAACCUGUUUAUUGAUUUUCGAACAAAACAUAAUAACAAUAAAAAGAGAAUGGGAGUACAGUGAAUAGAACAGUAUAUAUAGUAACAACUAUUAGUAACACAAAUGUGCCAAAUCUCCCAAAUUCAUCCUCUAUUUAUAAUGAAAAAAACCCCCAAAAUGAAUUUAAAAAAAAAUAAUAAUAAUUAACUUGAAAAUAAACAGAGAAAAAAAACCUAGGCUGUUAUAUUACAACAGAUAUGAACAGUAGUGUCAAUAACUCCGCUGUUCUAUCCAAAUAAUUAAAGGUAAUAAAAGAGGUUCGGGAAGGGUCAAUUUAGCUCAUUUUUAUGAAACUGUUGAAUAAAUGGUCUCCAGCAUUCUUCAAAUUUAACUGAAAGGUCAAAAAUAACACUUCUAGUUUUCUCUAAAUUUAAAGAAGAUAUAGUUUGGGAAAACCAUUGGAAUGUAGUUGGAGGAUUAAUCUCUUUCCAGUUCAAUAAAAUGGAUCUUCUGGCCAUUAAUGUAGCAAAUGCAAUCAUCCGACGAGCCGAUGGGGAUAAAUGAUUAUUACCCACCAUUGGUAAGCCAAAAUUGCAGUGAUAGGGUGAGGAUGUAAAUUAAUACUCAAAACUGUUGAAAGAAUACCAAAAAUAUAUUUCCAAUAUUUCUCCAAAAGAGGGCAGGACCAAAACAUAGGAGUCAGAGGCUACUUCGGAAUGACAUCUAUCACAGAUAGGAUUAAUAUGGGAGUAAAAAUAAGCAAGUUUUCUCCUUAGACUCAUGAGCCGUAUGCACCACCUUAAAUUGUAUCAACGUGUGUUUAGCACAUAUAGAAGAAGAGUUAACUAGAAGAGUUUUCCCAUUUCUCUGUGGGUAAGAAAAAUUCCUUUUGUUCUUUCUAAACUGAAUAAACAAAUGGUUAACCCAAUAGUUAAAUAUACAUUACGAAUUUGGUUUCAAUUUCGUAAAUUCUUUGGUUUGAAUAAGUUUAUCUUAUCUAGCCCUAUUAUAUCUCAUUUCCCUUUUCAACCCUCUGUUAUGGAUCAAGCCUUUUUGAUGUGGAAAAUGAAGGGUAUAACAUGCUUUUGCGACCUAUUCACGGAUAACUGUUGUAUGUCUUUUGAACAGUUGUCCAAUAAAUAUAAUUUACCCAGAUCCCAUUUUUUUUAGAUAUUUACAAAUUAGAAACUCUUUGAUUAAUAUGUUGCAGACUUUUCUGAAUUUAUACCCAAUGGACAUCUUGGAAAUUUUUUUAGUUUUAAACCCUUAUCAGAAGGGUUUAAUAGCAACCAUUUAUGAUAUGAUCAUGAAAAUACAGCCACAUGGGUAAAAGAUUCUGACUGUAUUCACUGUCUGUGCCUCUUAUACUAUUAAAUACCUCUGUCAGUCACCCCUCAGCCUCACUCUCUCCAGGAAAACAGUCCCGCACUUUCCAAUCCCUCCCCAUAACUCGGGCUCUCCACCAGGUAAUGUCCAGGUUGUGGCUGCCAGUGAGAUGCCAAGUAUCCCAUCAGCCCCUGGGAGGACCCCUGUUGACUCAGAAGAGAUGCUGCGAAUCAAUAACUAAACGGCAUGGUGGGGGGGGGGGAGGUCACAUGAUUGACACCUGAUCUGUAUCAAACUGAGACAACUUUACAGUCCUGCCAACUUUCCCACUGUUCCAAAGAGGACAAGCGAUAAGGAUGGGAGACUGUUUCGCUGAACACCUACGCUCUGUUCGCCAGAGAAAGCAGGAUCUCCCAGUGGCCACACAUUUUAAUUCCAUGUCCCAUUCCCAUUCUGAUAUGUCUAUCCAUGGCCUCCUCCACUGUCAAGAUGAAGCCACACUCAGGUUGGGGGAACAACACCUUAUGUACCGGCUGGGUAGCCUCCAACCUGAUGUCAUGAACAUUGACUUCUCUAACUUCCGCUAAUGCCCCUCCUCCCCUUCUUACCCCAUCCUUGAUAUAUUUGGACUUUUCCCCCCUACUCCAUUAUUUUCUCUCUCUCUGCCCAUCACUCUGCCUGUUCUCCAUCUCCCUCUGGUGCUCCCCUCCCUCCCCCUUUCUUUCUCCCUAGGCCUCCAGUCCCAUGAUCCUUUCCCAUCUCCAGCUCUGUAUCCCUUUUGCCAACCACCUUUCCAGCUCUCAGCUUCACCCCUCCCCCUCCGGUCUUCUCCUAUUAUUUUGCAUUUCUCCUCCCCCUCCUACUUUAAAUCUCGUAGUAUCUUUCCUUUAAGUUAGUCCUGACGAAGGGUCUCAGCCCGAAACGUCAACAGUGCUUCUCCUUAUAGAUGCUGCCUGGCCUGCUGCGUUCCACCAGCAUUUUGUGUGUGUUGUUUGAAUUUCCAGCAUCUGAAGAUUUCCUCGUGUUUGCGAUAAGGAUGUUUUGACAGCUUGUGGAAAGGACAGUCUGAUCACAAGCUAGCUAAAGGGUGGACGGUUAAGAUAAUUGUGGGAUGGUGUCGCAAUUAAACAAACAUCCUUGGGUGGAUCGGGAUUGAAAUGACAGCUGAAUGAUUGGUAAUACAAUGUCUGGAAGGUGUGGAGAUGUAUAAAAGGUGCUUGACAAUGUAACCAGCACCAGUGCUUCCAGAGACCAACCUGUAUUUAAAUACAAGUUCUGUGUUUCAGAAAUUGGGGAAAAUAAACUGAAGAUGUAAUUGUUUGAAACUGUGUGAAUCUUUGCGAUGUCUGUGAUUAAUAAAGGAGUGUGGUUGUUGGGUAAAGUCACAGUCUGGUGUGUUC